GUUGCGCCAUGUUAACGCUGCACGUUGCAACCGCAGCAGCCAGUAGCAGCAAUACAGAGACAUAUGCGGGAUUACAGCGCUAAACCCGGCCAGCAGCCACAGAGAAGAUCGCAAUUGCGUCUGAUGCUUUUCUUUAAUGCACCGCACCCAAGAAGAAGUCAGGACUGCGUUCCCGUUUCGGAAUUAUUAUUUUAUUACUGUGCCAGAGGCCCCUUGAAUUGAAUGUAAUGUAAACGUUACAGCAAUGUGGUUAUUUUCCUGCAGAUGAGCUGCCGUUUUGUCCUCUCCCCCUCCUAUUCUCCUUUCAUCAUAAUUCAAAAUCAUCUUCAAUUCACUGGACUCUCCUAGACCUGUAUAUGAAGACGGAGUGGGGACCGUAAUGACCGCACGCUUCCGGUUGCCUGCUGGCAGAUCUUACGAUUGUGGGAGCGGGUUUGUGUAGUCCUUAGAGAGACAGCACGCGCAGGUGGUGUGUAACGUUUUACUGCUGGACAACACAGUACAGCCCUUCAGAGCCAACAAGCAAGAUCAGGGGCGGAUCUUGUUGGACGUAGUGUAUAAACACUUGGAGCUAACAGAGCGAGACUAUUUUGGUCUUCAACUAGCAGACGACUCUUCUGACAGCCAGAGGUGGCUGGACCCAAACAAACUUAUUAGAAAACAGCUCAAAAGGCCAUCUCCACAUAAUCUGAGGUUUAGAGUGAAGUUUUUUGUAUGUGACCCUAGUAAACUACAAGAAGAGUACACAAGGUAUUUGUACUUUUUGCAACUGAAGCAGGAUAUUCUGAGUGGCAGACUUCCUUGCCCACAAAAUACUGCAGUUCUACUGGCUUCUUACGCUGUUCAGGCUGAGCUGGGGGACUACAGUCACUCCGAACAUUUGCCUGGGUACCUCUCCGAGUAUAGCUUCAUUCCCAACCCACCGCAGGACUUUGAGAAAGAGGUCGCCAAACUUCACCAAGAGCACAAUGGACUCACACCAGCUCAGUCCGAGUUUAACUACUUGAAUGCUGCACGGACGCUGGAGCUGUAUGGCGUGGAAUUGCACUAUGCUCGGGACCACUGUAACACAGAGAUUUACGUCGGAGUUUUGUCUGCCGGCAUCUCCGUCUAUAAGGACAGGGUACGAGUCAACCACUUUCCAUGGUUGAAAAUUGUAAAAAUAUCUUUUAAAUCUAAACAGUUUUUUAUACAACUAAGAAAAGAACUGACUGAUUACAGAGAGUCUUUAUUGGGUUUCAACAUGAUGAACUACAGAGCUUGUAAGAACUUAUGGAAGGCCUGCGUGGAGCAUCACACGUUCUUCAGACUGGAGCGGCCCGUUCCUCCAGAGAGAAACCUCUUCCUGCAGUACUUCACCCUCGGAUCCAAGUUUCGCUACUGUGGGAGGACAGAGGCGCAGUCUGUACAGUACGGAAAGGAAAGAGGCAACAAGAACAGAGUUUUUGCAAGGUCGCCAAGCAAGCCUCUGGUCAGGAGACUGAUGAGUGGUUUGGACUGGGAGACCGUGAGCAGGAAUUCCCUCUCGGACGACCGGCUGGAGACUCAGAGUCUGCCGAACCGCUCUCCACCAGACUCGCCCGAUCACAGUAACUCAGUGUUCGCCACAGACGGGGCGCGGGUCAGGCCUUCCUCCAUUGGCCACCUAGUUGAUCACGUGAUCGAUGACUCGCCAUGCCAGACAUUCACCAAUCACAAGUCUGCAUCCUCCACACAGGCCAACAGCAUCAGCCUGGACUCGACACCGUCUCCUGAUGUGACGACAGACGAGCAGCCGCCGGCUCUGCCCCCAAAACAGUCCAGAAGAGACCCUCUGACCCACAACGGCAGAUCGCAGUCUCAGCACGAGCUGGACGAGCACCUCAGCGAGCUAUACAACGUACCUGCGCCUUCAGGAAAGAGCAUGAAUGGAGCCGUGCCUCAUGAUAAUCUUGUUCUGAUUAAAAUGAGGCCGGAUGAAAACGGACGAUUUGGAUUUAAUGUUAAGGGUGGCGCUGAUCAGAGGAUGCCCAUCAUAGUGUCCCGUGUGGCUCCAGGAACUCCGGCUGAUAUGUGUAUGCCGCGCCUCAACGAGGGCGACCAGGUGGUGCUGAUUAACGGUCGUGAUAUCUCAGAGCACACUCACGAUGAUGUGGUUAUGCUAAUUAAGGCCAGCUGUGAGGACCAAUCAGGAGAGCUCAUCCUGCUCGUCAGGCCCAAUGCCAUCUAUGACGUGGACGAGGAGCAGGAGAAGCUGGAUCUGGAGCCAGAUUUCCAGUAUAUUCCGGAGAUGUCCGGUCUGGAGCUGAGCCACUCAGAGGCCGAUAGUUUGAGAUCCUGCAUACAGCUGCUGAGAGAUGGGCUGUCCAGCGGUACUGUGGCUGCACAGUUUGAUCAACUGUACAGGAAACGUCCUGGGAUGUUCAUGUCUUGCGCCAGAUUGCCACAAAACGUCUCCAAAAACCGCUAUCGGGACAUUUCUCCAUAUGACACCACUCGAGUUGUGUUGAAGGGGACUGACGAUUAUAUCAAUGCAAAUUUCAUCAAUAUGGAAAUCCCAGGUAAAGGUGAAGUAAAGCGGUAUAUUGCCUGUCAAGGGCCUCUUCCUGGGACCUGCUCUGACUUCUGGCAGAUGGUGUGGGAACAGAGCGCCACCCUAGUGGUCAUGCUCACGACACAAGUUGAACGUGGCAGGGUGAAAUGUCAUCAAUACUGGCCAAACGUUUCGGCAAGUGGCACCUAUGGAGGCUUUCAGGUUACAUGUGUGUCAGAGGAAGGGAACUCUGCAUACCUGCUCAGAGAUUUGACGCUUACACACUUGGAGAGUAAAGAAGAAAGGCUGAUUUGUCAGAUGCAGUACUUGGCAUGGCCUGAUCACGGUGUUCCGGACGAUUCAUCAGACUUCUUGAACUUUGUCAGUCAAGUACGCAGCAAAAGAGCGGACGCACCAGAACCUGUAGUGGUUCAUUGCAGUGCUGGGAUUGGUCGCACCGGGGUGCUUAUCACCAUGGAGACAGCGAUGUGUUUGAUAGAAAAUGGUCAGUCGGUGUAUCCUUUGGACAUUGUCAGAACCAUGAGAGACCAGCGUGCCAUGAUGAUCCAGACUCCUAGCCAGUACCGUUUUGUCUGUGAAGCGAUUCUGAAAGUUUACGAUGAGGAGAUCGUAAAGCCGUGCAAGACUGAGCCUCCGGUCGAAAAGGAAGAAUGAACACCGUCCUUCAACGUUUCUGAGGUUCUUCUGUGAUUUACAACUACUGCCAGUGAGAUCUGCGCUCAGCUCGCUAUCGCCCCCUGCUGGAAGGCAGCGGACAUGACCGCCUGCAAACUAGAAUACAGACGAAAAAGCACUAUUGCACUUUACUGCGACAAACAAUGACUUUAGGGGAUUUUUUUUUUUGUUUUAAAAAAAUAAACAAAGUACCAGGUUACUGAUGAGUUGGGUACUGUUUAUAAUUUUACUUAUUUGGGUUAGAGAAAGGAAUUUGCUUUUGCUUUUGUGCCAAAAGCUGAAAUGAGCCACAGUCCAUGUCAGAAUUAACUCUUGCAACUAACGACAGCACGUUUUAUGUUUUAUUUAUUUGUUUUGGGGGUUUUUAACAGUGAACUUGAAAGCAACAGGUGCUCUGUCCAUUCUCUUCCCUUUUCCCGACUGUAAUUUUUAUGUUUGAAACAUAAGUUAAAAUUGUUAACAUACUUUUUUUUUUUAAAUUGUCGAACAAAAAAAAAACUUUUAAGGAUACACAUUUAAUUAGUUUUUCCCUGCCGCUUUAAAGAUAGUCUUUCCUGAAGUACUUAGACUUUCGUAAAGUACUUUCGUUACUUAAUAAAGUUUCCAUGGUAUUGUUACAGUUCUCUCUAAAUUUAGCGAAAUUAGCAGUCCACCAGCUGCGUUGAAAAUGAGCCAUGGUAAAGAUGUUUCUUGCUGCCAAAUUUCACAGCUGUUUGCCUCUAAAACUGAUUGGUGUGUCGCUUUGGCUAAUCGCUACUUAUUGCAAGGCUACGUGUAGUACGUAACGGCUGGCGUUUGUAUCGUUAAAUAUGCAUCAGGCAGCUGUUCUUCUUUCAGAUCCAUGUUUGCCAGAUCUUUGAAACAUUUUAUUUAGAAAAUAAAGCGGUGAAUUUCACAUUAGCUUUGUUGGCGGAAACUGGAUUACUCAAUUGAUAGGUAUUGACGCAAAUGAAAUGUUUAAUGUACGGUUUAGUCUAGCGUUCUCUCUGGUUAGCAUAACAUAUCACAUCACAUAUUCACAAUUACCAAUCUUCUUCCAUGUUUACGAUCAAAUUUACAAAACUUGUACUGUAAGAAACCAAUUACCUACAGAUUUUAAUUGUUCAUCUUGUAUGAAUAUUUUUGUGUUUUUCGUUGAGAAAAAGUAUCUCCACCACUCUCUGAAGAUACCGGUUUAAAUUCAGCUUAUGAUUUGUUAUGCUUAUCCAUAUCUCCUCUUCUUUAACUAGUUACCUGUUAGAAAUUACCUGCGAUAUACUCAAAAGGUGGUCAUUUAGUUCUUGCUAUGACUGUAGAGAUGAUGGCAUUUACAGAACUCAUUGGCAAAAUUUAAUUUAACGAUCAAUAAAUUUAAAUUUAAACAUUUUUAGUUUUUAGUUAUCAUUUUCUACAUUCUGAAGAGAAAAGAUACGUACAAAUUAUGGAGCAAAAUGUUUUUAAUGUGACACUCCGGACCAUCGUAAUUGUUUGCGAAUGUUUUUAUGAUCAUUUCCCCCAUACAAUGAUUUUCGGUGCCAUUGCACAAAUGUUUUUGGCAUUAAGGACCAAUCACGCCCACCGUUUUGAAUGUGAGCCGAUUUUGCUUCAGUGUACGUCGUUAUAGCGCCGCAGCUAGAAAUUUACUACCGACGUUGCGUCGGAAGUGGUGGUAUUUUUGUAUUUAACUAAAAAAACGAAUGAAAAAAGGACAGCACUUUGCAACUGACUGUGGUAGUCAGCUGUGCUACUGUAGAAUUUAUACUGUAAUUGUGUGAUGGGGAAAAAUGUGCGGUUUAAUUAUUUAUGUUGAACAUUUUGUCAAAUACGGACACCUGUGGGGUGGGUGGGGGGCUCUUAACUACAUAGUGUCAUAUGUGAAAUACUUGUAAAUACAAUGUUAUAUAUUAAAAGUGUUCUGAAAAGAUAAUGGUGGUUAUUUUUGUUUUAGUAUGUUUUUAAAAUGUCAGAAAAGUACACAGGAAAUUGUAUGUCAUGUUUGUACAUCUCCCAGUUGUGUUUGUGUGUUUGUAUGUUUGUGAGAGAGCGAGUACGUGUUUUGUAUAGACUGUUUUGUUUCUUACUGACGUACCUUUUGAAAUUGUGCUUAAUUAAGCUGACUCGUCUUUUGGGGCUUGUGACACACGUCAAAUCAAAUAUAAUACAGCUCGAACUUCUAUUUUCAGUGUUGUUUUUGAUAAAUAUCGACCUGCUACUCAUACAGGAAUGAAAUAACAAACACAUUUAAUUUCGCAGCUUGUCUUUUUAUUUUUUUCUUGGAAUUUCACAUGAGAUGUUGAACAGGGAUCAAUUAAUCAGCCGUACUGAGACUGAAAAUUCAUGCCGGCUUCGUGGAUCUCGUUGCUGUCAUUUUUACUUCUUCACGACCUCAACGUCAACAUCCUCUGUUCGAGAAACGACCUUUCCAUCAACCACCUCUUCGAUUACUGUGCGAACACGCUUGGUAACCACAGGUUCGGCUGGAGAGGGAAAAAAAAGUUAAAAGCUACACAAAUGCAUCUAAUUAUCAACGUUUUAAUUGUAUUUAAAUUUAAAUUGAUUCAUGUAGUAUAAUUUUUUUAAUAUGUAUAAUAGAUCCCCCCCCAAAAAAAGGACACCCAUUAAAAACACUUACGCUUGGGAGGAGGAGGAGUUGCAAUCUCUACAAAUUUGACUGUCUGUGUACUGUAAGAAAAAAAGAAAAAUAAAUAUCGUACAACUUUGUGAUCUUUAUAAAGACAACGUUCGUUUGUUUAUUUGUAAAAACUUACUGCAUGCCCUCUCCAUCCAGAAGUCUCCUGUACUCAGCAAUCUCUAACUCUAGUCUGGUCUUGAUGUCCAGGAGCAGUUUGUAUUCGGUGCCCUGUCUUUCGAUGUCGAUGCGCACCUGAGAAAGCUCCGCCUCAAGACCGUUAAUGACGGCCUGCAAUUGGCUGAGCUGGAUGCUGUACCGUGACUCCGUCUCUCCCAGUGUGCCUUCCAGUGCAGCUUUCUGUCAAAUCAUAAAGCAUAGAAGAACGGUGAGGGUGCGUAAUAAAUUACGUAAGUGGCUCCCUCUAGAGGCAGCUAUUGCAAAAUGUAUUUUUUAAACAUUAUUGAUCAAUGCUAGUAGAAAUUAGAGCAUAGAAUAUAAAAACAGGGGUGUGGCAGUGAAUGUUGGAUAAAAAAAAUUCUCCCCCCAAGUGGUUGUGGAAAUGUUAGUAUGAAUUGCAAAGAGAAAGAAAGACUUUUACCAAGCUGAGCUGUGACUGUAGUUCGAUCUCCAGGCUCUGAAGCGUCCUCCUAAGCUCGCUGAUUUCACUGCGGGACAGUGUGAUGUCUUCUUGUCUGGUGGUUACCUGCUUGUUCAGAUCGUCAAACUGUGGGGACAGAGAUUUGAGGUCAGUGUCUGGAUGAUUGUGUAUGUUUUAGCCAUCGAGAAUAAGAACAAACACUUACUUUGACCUUGUACCAGGACUCCAUAUCUUUGCGGUUCUUCUCGAUGACGCCUUCAUAUUGGUGUCGGAUCUCCUCCAUGAUGCGGGCCAUGUCUUGCUGAGGUGCAGCGUCAACCUCUACGUUUACGCUGCUGGAGGACAUUUGAGCGCGAAGAGCUGCAAG